GAAAAAAAAACCAUUUGGGAGGCUCCGGGCGGUGAGGAGGAAGUGGACCCGCCAUUUUCUUGCGAGCCUCCGGUCCAUUUAAACCCAGCAGUGGGAGGUGACAGGGAAGACUAGAGGCAGACACAAGGGGAGGAGGGAGAGUAAAGUAAGUGAGUGAGUGAGUGAGUGAGAGAGAGAGAGUGAGUGAGUGAGUGAGUGAAGAAAAGAGAGAGAGAGAGAGAGAGAGAGUGGAAGUGGAAAUACAGGGAAGUGGUGAAAGAGAGAGAGGGGACCUACAAACAAAUCAAGAUACAUUCUUUUUAUAAGCAUACUCAUCUGUCAGAAAUAUUGAAAGCACUGAGACUGUAUUCCUAUUGCCGUGAUUGGACCAGCCACUGAGGAUAUUUACAGUUGUGUUUUUUGAUUUUUUUUUUUUGUUUUGUUUUUUGGCGAGGGGGAUGUCAUUUUGCUCUGCCCUGAAUACAGUCAGUUUUUUCUUACUGGUGAUUUCUGCUUGGGGGGGGAGAGGGGGGGAAAGCUGUCCGAAUAGAACCGUUGGACCCCCCCAGUGGAAUCUUGAAAAUAUUGAGAAAAAAAAGACAUUCCAUAUUUAAUCCCCAUUAUUUAAAAGACGAAGAUGUCUGGCCAAAGCAUUACAGACAGGAUAACCGCAGCUCAACACAGUGUUACCGGGUCUGCUGUCUCCAAAACUGUGUGCAAGGCCACCACACACGAAAUCAUGGGACCUAAAAAGAAACACUUGGAUUACUUGAUCCAGUGUACAAAUGAAAUGAAUGUAAACAUCCCACAACUGGCUGACACACUUUUUGAAAGAACUACAAAUAGCAGCUGGGUAGUGGUGUUCAAAGCUCUGAUCACAACACACCAUCUGAUGGUUUAUGGUAAUGAGCGAUUUAUCCAGUAUCUGGCAUCAAGAAAUACAUUGUUCAACUUGAGCAAUUUUUUGGACAAGAGUGGUCUUCAAGCAUAUGACAUGUCAACAUUUAUAAGACGAUACAGCAGAUAUCUGAAUGAAAAGGCAGUUUCCUACAGACAAGUUGCUUUUGACUUCACAAAAGUUAAAAGAGGAGCUGAUGGUGUAAUGAGAACUAUGAACACAGAAAAGCUUCUUAAAACUAUACCAAUAAUUCAAAAUCAAAUGGAUGCUCUUCUUGAUUUUAAUGUUAAUGCCAAUGAGCUGACAAAUGGUGUGAUCAAUGCUGCCUUCAUGCUGCUUUUCAAAGAUGCCAUUAGACUGUUUGCAGCUUACAAUGAGGGAAUCAUUAACCUUCUUGAAAAAUACUUUGAUAUGAAGAAAAACCAGUGUAAAGAGGGGCUUGAUAUUUAUAAAAAAUUCCUCACAAGAAUGACCAGGAUCUCUGAAUUCCUCAAAGUUGCAGAACAAGUGGGAAUUGAUCGAGGAGAUAUUCCUGACCUUUCUCAGUUUACAGUUUGUGCACCUAGCAGCCUUCUUGAAGCUUUAGAACAACACUUGGCUUCAUUAGAAGGCAAAAAAGUCAAAGAUUCAACAGCUGCAAGCAGGGCUAGCACUCUAUCAAAUGCUGUUUCAUCUCUUGCUAAUACUGGCAUAUCUUUCACCAAAGUGGAUGAAAGGGAAAAGCAAGCUGCACUGGAAGAAGAGCAAGCUCGUCUUAAAGCAUUGAAGGAACAGCGGCUAAAGGAACUCUCUAAGAAGCCUACACCUUCCUCUGCAACUACAGCGGCCUCUCCUGUUUCCACCACUGGGGGAGCUAUUAAUACUGUUCCAGCUAUUGACCUUUUUUCAACCCCUAGCUCCACAAACAGCACAUCAAAGCUGCCAAAUGACUUGCUUGAUUUGCAGCCAACAUUUCAGACAUCAAUCCAACCCAUCUCAACUACGCUCCCAGUAGUUAGUACAUGGGGCGAUCCUUUCACUUCUUCUGAGGCUGUUGAUGACUCAGUUCCAAAUCUAAACCCUUUCCUUUCAAAACCUGUUGUUGAUGCUGUCCAUCUACCUGUUGUCUCGUCUGAUGCAACUAGUUUUUCUUCUAGAACACCCAGUCAUGAAGUGUUUGGUGAUCAGUUCAAUCCAUUUAUUGAUUCAAGCUCAUCUGUUGCAACAAAUUAUGAACACACAGUUCGGAUAGAGCUGUUUACCUCAGACUCCUUCUGUGGCCCAACUACUUAUCCUAAUGCUUCCCUCUUCCAAACUGAACCCUCUGCCGUAGCUGGUCUAUUUGGAGGGUUUACUCCAGCUUCACAACCGCAGACAUCAGCAAGCCUUAAUGUUGAUUUUGAUUCAGUGUUUGGCAAUACAUCUUCAUCGGUUAACAACAUAGACUCAGCUGAUAACAUUUUAGGUGGAAUUUUGAAACCAACAGUGGCCUCUCAAAACCAGACUCUGCCAAUGUCCAAGCAACAGCCUAGCAAACUGGUGUCAGAUGAUCUGGACUCCUCACUAGCAAACCUCGUAGGAAAUCUGGGAAUUGGGAAUGGCACAACAAAAAAUGACAUACAUUGGAGUCAGCCUGGUGAGAAAAAGUUAACAGGGGGGACUAACUGGCAACCAAAGAUUGCACCCACCACAACCUGGAACCCUGCCACCAUGAAUGGCAUGCAUUUCCCACAAUACGCGCCUUCUGUUAUGGCCUUCCCUGCAACAACACCAACUGGAAUGAUGGGAUAUGUAAUGCCACCUCAAGUUGGAGCCAUGCCAAUGAUGACGCAACCCACUAUGAUGUACACCCAGCCUGUCAUGAGGCCUCCUAAUCCUUUUGGACCCGUGCCUGGUGCACAGCUCUCUGCAGCUUCUAGUCCUUCCAGUCAGAGUCCUCUCCGAGCUCCAGGAAAGGAUCCCUUUGCAGAGCUUUCUCUCAAGGAUUUCUUAUAGAACAUCUUUAGAUGCAGUUUAUGUAGUCUGAAGAAAUCAAUCCAUUCUGAAAGAGUGAUACUGCACAACAGUGAAGUCACCUUUGCCGUUUGUACUCUUCAGUGAGAAUUCCAGUUUUAAGUAUGGACACACUAAGGAUAACAGGAGUGAUAGCGGGGGUGAGGGUGGGGGUGGGGAGGCGGGAAUAGUGGCCUGGAUAUAAACCUUGUCAUUUUUUUAUUGUGUCUAAAACAGUAGCUAUAAGCUACUGUUACUGCCCGUACCUGGCAACACUUGUACUCUGCGACUUCUGUAAAGAUAGAAAUGAGUGCCGAAAAAAGGACUUAGGUAUUUGCUGUCAUUUAUAAGAAACUUCUUGGGUGUAACGUUAAGCUGUUCUUUUCUUUGCAAGGGGAAUCAUUUUAACUCUUGAUCUACCCAUAAAAAUGCAGAACUUAAACUGUCACAAAUGAGAUGCUCAUUACAUUUACCAUUAUGAUUUCUUUUUUAUUUGAUUUAAACAAAAAUCUUUUUUUUUUUUAACUGUAUUAAGUUUGCAUUAGACAUUCCUUGUGUAUUAUUGUUUGUAUUUAUUUAUGAUUAUCUGAUACAAUGUUUAAAAUAAAAUCAUCUUCAGAAAACUUCCUCAUGAGUGAUUCCAGAUUAUGCUUGUAAGUGACUGAUUGUAUCUUUGGGAGCGAUUGAGUCUUAAAAGGACUGAACACCUCUAAACAAACUCUUUGAGCACUAAAUAUCUUUGAAAGCAGUUUGAAUGACGUCUAUUACAACUCUUUGUAGCUCAGAAUCUCACAGCCCAGCCUAUGUAAUGGGAUAUAAGGAAAACCUAUAUGAUUUAUUAAUCCACAUAGUCAAUUCUGUGCCUAGGAUUUUGCAAGGGAUCAUCUAACUGACUAGCAAAGCACUACAUUUGUAAUUCAGCAGUAUUGCAUUGGGAAGGAUCUGUAUUGCUUUAUGCUUGGCAUGUCAUUAUUUUACAUUGACGAUUUUACGGCUGCCUUUCCAAACUGAAUGUAAGAGUUGCCUUCAUGUUACAACUAUCCUUCAGUUUACUUGCACUUCAGCAGUCAGAACAUUAUGAAAUAUUAGACAUUGACAUAUUUUCUAUAGUUGGCAUCUUUAAAUAAUGAAAUUAAAAUCAUAAGGGAAAAUACAUUUUCUUUGUAAAUUUUUUUAGUAACAGGGUACAGGUAAAUAGAAGGCUCAGCGCUGUUGAUCGGUGCUUUGUGUAUAUAUAUCAAAACCUUGUCAAUCUGAGGGACGUGAAGGAUAGUCUGAAAAAUGAAGGCAGUUCUCUUCAUUAAUUUACCAUAUUUGCUGCAUUGUCCUUGCAGAUUCUAUUUUUGUUUAUUAAAAACAAAACUGUAUGUAAGCGGAAAUGGGUUGAUUUUCAAAUAAAGUGCUGCUUCCACAAA